GGGAAGAGGAAGAAUGGUAGGGGGCGGGAGAGAGAGGGGAAGGGUUUCCAAACUUGUCUCCAGUGACAGGAGACAUUUACGCUCUGCAAGAUAAAACUGCCACUUAGAGCCUUGGAGAGCUAAACCUUCCUGGGUUGGCCUGGGGGCUGGAGCAGAGUCAUGGGUUCUCUGGCCCUGCAGCUGUGUGCUCUCCUCUGCCUGGUGGCUCACUCUGUUUCUGGUAGCCCCAUCAUGAGCCUGGAGCAGUCGCCUCUGGAAGAAGAUAUGCCCCUCUUCGAUGAUGUCUUCUCAGAGCAAGACGGUGUUGACUUUGACACACUGCUGCAGAGCAUGAAGGAUGAGUUUCUCAAGACAUUGAACCUGUCUGACAUCCCUAUGCAGGAUUCAGCCAAGGUGGACCCACCAGAGUACAUGCUGGAACUCUACAACAAAUUUGCAACAGACCGGACCUCUAUGCCAUCUGCCAACAUCAUUAGGAGUUUCAAGAAUGAAGAUCUGUUUUCCCAACCAGCCAGUUUCCACGGGCUCCGAAAAUACCCUCUCCUCUUCAAUGUAUCCAUCCCUCACCAUGAAGAGGUCAUCAUGGCUGAACUCAGGUUGUACACACUGGUGCAAAGAGAUCGCAUGAUGUAUGAAGGAGUAGACCGAAAAAUUACCAUUUUUGAAGUCCUAGAGGACAACAGGGACAUUGAAGGUGAAAGAAACAUGCUGGUCUUGGUGUCAGAGGAGAUCUAUGGAACCAACAGCGAGUGGGAGACUUUUGAUGUCACCAAUGCCAUCAGACGCUGGCAAAAGUCAGAUUCAUCCACCCACCAGCUGGAAGUCCACAUUGAGAGCAGACAUGACAGAACCGAGGACACUGCCAGGGGACAACUGGAAAUAGACACCAGUGCCCGGAAUAAGCAUGACCCUUUGCUUGUUGUGUUUUCUGAUGACCAAAGCAGUGAGAAGGAACGGAAGGAGGAACUGAGUGAAAUGAUCAUCCAUGAGCAACUUCUGGAGCUGGACAACCUGGGUCUGGACGGUUAUUCCAAUGGACCUGGGGAAGAGGCUUUGCUGCAGAUGAGGUCAAACAUCAUCUAUGACUCCACUGCCCGCAUCAGAAGGAAUGCCAAAGGAAAUUACUGCAAGAAGACCCCGCUCUACAUCGAUUUCAAGGAGAUUGGCUGGGACUCUUGGAUCAUCGCCCCACCUGGAUAUGAAGCCUAUGAAUGCCGUGGUGUUUGCAACUACCCCCUGGCAGAGCAUCUCACACCCACAAAACAUGCAAUUAUCCAGGCGUUGGUUCAUCUCAAGAAUUCCCAGAAGGCUUCCAAAGCUUGCUGCGUCCCCACCAAGCUAGAGCCCAUCUCUAUCCUCUAUUUAGACAAAGGUGUUGUCACCUACAAGUUUAAAUAUGAAGGCAUGGCUGUCUCUGAGUGUGGCUGUAGAUAGAAAAGGAGUCGUGUAGCUUAUUUAAUAACUGUAAAUGUGUAUAUUUUGUGUUCUUAUUUAAUAAGAUUAUUUAAUAAGGGUGUACAGAUCAUAGCAGUUGCUACCUUAGGGAAAGGGAUAGGUCAGUUUGGAGAAGGAAAUGCAUAUUUUGCUACACAGUCUCAUUCCUUCCAAUCUGUUUUUCUUUGGACUUGUCAUUUCCUGGCAGUGCCAUCUCCAACAGCAAGUGGCAAGCCCCUACUACUUUUCAUCUAUAUCAAUUUGAAAACGACAACCCCUAUGCAGAAAUAUGGUGUAGAAAGAUAAGGUAUUUGUGUAUGUAUAUGUGUACAUAGAUAAACUUAUAAAACUCUUUUGGUUCCAUAGAAAUGGAUUAGACUCACACACGUGUAUGACUCAAUCAAAUGUGCAUUAAACGCCACUGGUAUGUUCUCAGUCACCUCCUCUCUGGGUAGGAUUCAUGUCAAGAUCAUAUGCACCAGGAAUUUAACCAUCCUAGGAAGUAUUACAUUUCCUAAAUAAUUUUAGGAAUGUAGGCGUGACUUUUGUCAGUUGAGUUCCUGCCAUUGCUCAGAGUAGCAGGGCUUGGUAAAGGAUGCUGCAGGUUUGAGGAGAUGGGUUAUUGAUACAAACCAAAUGGCUUUGAGAGGCAGUGGUCUUCAGGUAUGAUAGCAAAGAAUGAACCCAUGGGGCAACAGUGUACUCGACAGGGCAGUGCCUGGUCAAGAAAGAAAAACUUCAGGGUGACAUCUGUUCCGGAGAAAAUAGGAAAGCAAGGCCAUGCGUGUUGACCUUUAUUGCUGCAGAGGGUUGAGGAGGUGGAAGGCGGCUCAUAGGGGAGGAGAGGAAAAUGACCUAAAUACUAUCCUAGGAUGUGUUUUGUAAAAUUAUAAGCAAUUCUAAUUGGAGAAUGAAAUCUUUUGGACAAAAU